AUGAUGAGUCUGACGGCGCCAGAGGUGAUGGAGACAUCGGUUCAUCUGACCGGAGCACUAGUGAUGACGACGAUGGUGACGAUGACCGCAGCGGUGAGAAUGGCGAUCCUGAUGAUGAUGACGGCAGCAGUGGCGAGAGUAGCGAGCCGAGAGGUGGCUCCAGCGCCUCCAGUGAUGAGUCAACGGAGUCUGACGAAAGCGAAGAGAACGCUGACGUCGACGCAGACGGCAUGA